AUGAUGGCGAGAGGAGGACAGUGUUUCGAGAAGCUUUGGAGGUGUGUUCGGACGGUUUUUUUCGUGGCGGCAUUGGUGCUGUCGCUAGUUGUGACGUCGUUGCCGGUGGUUGUGGCGGUUCUUGACGUGGUUGUUCCCUGCGUUUUGGUUUCGAGGUUUACGUGUGUUGGAUGCUAUAGUUUCAGAGAGCAUUUGAUUCGGUACUCUUUUAAGAGUUCCUUGACGGAUAUUCCUAUUGUUUCCAUUAUAAGAUCCUUCAUCAUUAUCUGUGUUUAUUCAAUUUGUGAUGGUCCUGCUCUCUCACAUGGUCCUUAUCUUGGAACAGUGACUCUGUCUUCCUUUGUUUCAAUUGUUGUCCUUUCAGUCAAAGCCUUUGUUUUCACUGUUAAUUCUCAGAUUGAAGAGGAAGCUUCAGUAUCCCUUGCAAGGAAGAUACUCCGUUUGAAAAAGUCAUGGGGAAUGCCUGUCUUAUUUCUCUCGUCAGUUGUGUUUGCCCUUGGCCAUAUUGUGGUUGCUUAUAGAACCAGCUGCAGAGCAAGGAGAAAGCUCAUGUUUCAUCGAGUUGAUCCUGAAGCUGUCCUCUCGUGCAAAAGUGUUUUCUCUAGCUAUCAGAAAGCCCCACGCUCACCUAUUCCUUCUGGGGGGAGAACCCCAAAAAGUGACAGUGAAAUGAAGCGGAGACCCUUUGGAGCAGCUCGCGAUGAGGAAGUACCAGUUAGAUUACUUGCAGACUCUGACAGCUUAUUCAUCACCUGCCAAGGUCUUACUCUCCACUACAAGUUAAGCCUGCCUUGGUCACCUCCUUCACUUAGCUUGUCCUCAUCAUCCUCCGUCGAAUCUAGCUCUGUUUGUUUCACUUCAUCAAUGUCUGGGGGACUAUCAAAAUUUCAUAGACAAUUGCCGUACAUGUCUUCCAAAAUCCAGCGACCACUCUACAGGACAUAUAGCAAUCAAUUACACGAUCCGUCUUCUUUAUAUGCUCCUCUUUUAGAUGGUCCAGAAACGCCUCCUCUUCUUUCAGAAGAUGUCCCUGUUUUUCAUCUAGAUGAAAUUCAUGAAGGUGAUGAAACAGUUAAAUCAGAUAUCAUGUCUUUGGAUAAAAAAGUGGAGGGCAUGAGUCAAAGUAGUUGCUCGGUUGCUGCAUUUGAUAGGCCUGGUUGGGGAUUAACUUCAAGGCUGAGACGGGAGGACUGGGAGAAAACAGAACUGCCUAAUCCUUAUAAACUUGAAAAUCAGGUUGAUCUGCUCUUGUCUUUCUGUUCGGAGAUUGGAUUUUCUUCAGUUGUGUUAGUGGGUCAUGAUGAUGGAGGGCUGCUUGCUUUAAUGGCUGCUCAAAGAGUUCAAAGGUCAAUGAAUUCUUUCAACGUUACAGUGAAAGGGGUUGUAUUGGUAAAUGUUAGCUUGUCUAGGGAAGUAGUUCCUUCAUUUGCCAGAAUCCUUCUGCACACCUCACUUGGAAAGAAGCAUUUGGUUCGGCCAUUGCUAAGAACAGAGAUCACUCAAGUGAUCAAUCGGCGUUCAUGGUAUGAUGCUACCAGACUGACAUCGGAAGUUUUGAGUCUUUAUAAGGCUCCACUAUACGUAGAAGGAUGGGAUGAAGCAGUUCAUGAAAUUGGUAAAUUGUCAUCUGAAAACAUCCUUUCUGCAAAAAAUGCAGAAUCAUUGCUACACGAUGUAAAGGAUAUUUCAUUGUUGGUCAUAGCUGGUGCAGAAGAUUCACUAGUUUCUCUGAAAUCUUGUCAAACAAUGGCAUCAAAAUUUGUGAAUUCUAGACUGGUUGCAAUCUCAGGAUGUGGCCAUCUACCCCACGAAGAAUGUCCUAAAGCGUUGCUUGCAGCAGUAUUACCUUUCAUCGGUAGACUAUGUUCUGUAUAUAACUCGAAUAGUCAGUAG